CCCGCGGAAGGCGGAAGUGUGUGUGCCAGGGGGGCUGCGAAGCCGGGCUGAGGUGUUCCUGACUGGCACCCCGCGGCUGCUCUGGGUCUGGGCGUGGGGACACGCGGGUGGUCAGCGAGAGCCAGCGGGGAACGAAGCCAUGAGGCGGCCGCGGGGUCUGGCGGGGUCUGGAGGUUGACUGCUCCCGCCGCCUUCCCGCGAGGCCGCCUCCUCCAGGCAGCCACCCGUUCCCCUCAGGGUCUCGCGCCCCGCCGUCGUCCCGGCGCCUUGGACUGGGGCUCCCGGGCCCCCAGCCCCCACGCUAUGACUGCGGCCACCGCCUCCAACUGGGGGCUGAUCACGAACAUAGUGAACAGCAUAGUAGGUGUCAGUGUCCUCACCAUGCCCUUCUGCUUCAAACAGUGUGGCAUCGUCCUGGGGGCCCUGCUCUUGGUCUUCUGUUCUUGGAUGACGCACCAGUCGUGCAUGUUCCUGGUGAAAGCCGCCAGCUUGAGCAAGCGGAGGACCUACGCUGGCCUGGCGUUGCACGCCUACGGAAAAGCAGGGAAGAUGCUGGUGGAGACCAGCAUGAUUGGGCUGAUGCUGGGAACCUGCAUCGCCUUCUACGUUGUGAUUGGCGACUUGGGGUCCAACUUCUUUGCUCGGCUGUUUGGGUUUCAGGUCACGGGCACCUUCCGCAUGCUCCUGCUCUUCGCAGUGUCCCUGUGCAUCGUGCUGCCACUCAGCCUGCAGAGGAACAUGAUGGCCUCCAUCCAGUCCUUCAGCGCCAUGGCCCUCAUCUUCUACACCGUGUUCAUGUUCGUGAUCAUGCUCUCCUCCCUCAAGCACGGCCUCUUUGGUGGGCAGUGGCUGCGGCGAGUCAGCUACAUCCGCUGGGAGGGUGUCUUCCGCUGCAUCCCCAUCUUUGGCAUGUCCUUUGCCUGCCAGUCCCAGGUCCUGCCCACCUAUGACAGCCUGGAUGAGCCAUCAGUGAAAGCCAUGAGCUCCAUCUUCGCCUCCUCCCUCAAUGUGGUCACCACCUUCUAUGUCAUGGUGGGCUUCUUCGGCUAUGUGAGCUUCACCGAGGCCACCGCGGGCAACGUGCUCAUGCAUUUCCCUUCCAACCUGGUGACCGAGAUGAUCCGUGUGGGCUUCAUGAUGUCCGUGGCCGUAGGCUUCCCCAUGAUGAUCCUGCCCUGCAGACAGGCCUUGAACACGCUGCUUUUCGAGCAGCAGCAAAAAGAUGGGACCUUUGCCGCUGGAGGCUACAUGCCGCCCCUGCGGUUUAAAGCCCUCACCCUCUCGGUUGUGUUUGGAACCAUGGUCGGUGGAAUCAUGAUCCCAAAUGUGGAGACAAUCCUGGGCCUCACGGGCGCCACGAUGGGAAGCCUCAUCUGCUUCAUCUGCCCGGCGCUGAUCUACAAGAAGAUCCACAAGAACUCCCUCUCUUCCCAGGUGGUGCUCUGGGUCGGCUUGGGCAUCCUGGUGGUCAGCACACACACCACCCUGUCCGUGAGCCAGGAGGCCCCUGUGGACUUGGCAAAGGAAGCCCCAGGCAGCAGACUUGGAGAGGCUGAGGGCGCGAUGAAGGCAGAGGCAGCCCAGCUCCCAGGUACGUGGCUCCCAGGUACGCGGCUCUCAGGCCAGAAUCCAAUUGUGGACGUGGCCGAGGACAGCCGAGAUAAGCCGAAGCUACCAAAUGAGAAAGAUGAGAUGGAGCAGGCCCAGAUUAAGGGCCCCGUGAAUGUGCCCCCAAGGGAAGACGCCAAGGAGAAGCAGGAGGAGGCACAGCUGGAUCGCCCUGGUCAAGGAGUUGCGGUACCUCUGGGCGAGGCCCACCGCCAUGAACCCCCAGUCCCUCACGACAAGGUGGUGGUGGACGAAGGUCAAGACCCAGAAGGACUGGAGAAGGAGCAUCCGUCCAAACGUGUGGAUGAAAGGGCCCUGGGGGGCAAGGGUCAGAUGGUGCUACCACUGCUGGAUUCAGAACGAGAGAGACCCAGACAGGACCAGGCUUUGGAGGCAGCGGGUGGUCUUCCUAAAGAUCCCCAGAAGGUUCCAGAAGAAAAUGGUCAGCCAGCCGUUGAGCCCCUGAAGGAGGACCUGGGGCUGGUCGACAGGGGUGCGCAUCCAGGGCCCCAGGCAGUGCUCCCUGAGGGGCAGGACGUCCUGGUGGCAGGUGCAGGGGCCAUAGCAGACGGUGCCCUGCUGCCCGGCCAUGCCGUGGGGGCCAUGGGCAAGCUGGUGGAGAAGAACGAGCACGGUGGGAAGGCUCCCCACCCGGAGGAGAAGCCAGGCCCAGGGGCAGUGCCGCAGGCAGAGCCUCGAGAGCAGAGGACCUUGGAGGGACAGGGCGGGGACCACGCCGGGGACCACGCGGGCAGCAAGCUGGAGGCUGAAAUCAGAAAGAUGGUGGCAGAAGCUGGCCGGGCGGAGAUGCUGGACCAUGCCGUUCUGUUGCAAGUGAUUAAGGAACAGCAGGUGCAGCAGAAGCGCCUCCUGGACCAGCAGGAGAAGCUGCUUGCAGUGAUCGAAGAGCAGCAUAAGGAGAUCCACCAGCAGAGGCAGGACGGCCAGGACGGCGAGGACGCGGUCGUGCAGCCUGAGCUGGGGGUGGCCGGGCCCAGAGGUAAGGAGCAGGAGGCCCACGCCGUGGGGAUGGCAGAGCGUCCCCCACCACAGCCUUUGGGAGCUGUGCUCGGUGCUCCUGGGCGUCCCCCCGCUCCUCCCCAGGGGCACAGCCAACACUCUGUGGAGAAGCCCGAGGGGGCCUUGGGUAGAGCCCCAGCUGCGCCUCCUGGCGGCGCUGACCUGCAGCCCUGGGCAGCCCAGGCUGAGCCGAGGGAAGGCCGGCGGGGCGCUGUGCCCGAGGGCGUGGACGCUGGCCUGCAGGAGCGGGUCCCUGUGCGGGACCCUGCCAGGGCACCCGGGAGCCCCGAGCAGCACGGCGCUGGAGGCGUCGCCCAGCAGAGUCGGAAUGUUUUUGGUGGAGGCUCCCACAAAAGGACGAAGUCUGGAAAGGACGAGGCAGCCGCUGGCACAGACGCUCAGGAGGCAGAUGUGCUGGGGGCGGGGGCAGCAGCUGGGGGCCCUCAGGUAAAGUCCCAGCAAGCAAGCCAAGACCGGGCACCCGGAGGCCUGUCCAGCAGGUCGGGGGGAGCAGCCCCUCGGGCCCAAGCCGUGUUACAUCAGCCGGAACAACAGGCUGUCUCUGCCGGAGGGCAGGGCGGGCAGCAGGGCGGUCACGAGGAGGCGAGGAAGGAGCACGUGCCUGCUCCCAGGGAGGACGCUGCCAUCCAAGAGCCCGAGCAGAGGCUGGACCCUGAGCUCGGGCCCAAACCAGCCAUGCUGGGGGAUCAGAAGCCAGACAAUGCCAAACCCAACCGGGACCUGAAAGUCCAGGCCGGCUCUGACCUUCGGAGGAGACGGCGGGACGUGGCUCCUCGUGCAGAGGCGGGGCCAGCCCCAAAGGACAGGGUCAUCAUCAGCUUCAACCCCCUGCCUGACGUGCAGGUCAGUGACCUCCGCAGCGCCCUGGAGACCCAGCUGCACCAGGCCGCGGGGGGCGCCCUGCGAGUGGUCCCAGGCCGACAGAUCAAACAGCUGCUCGGGGCCCUGGAGGAGCCCUGAGCCCCGUUAAGGCCACAGUGCUCCCUGUCAGCCGGCGAACCUGGACCACGGUGGGCGCGAAGUCGUGGAAGUCAGGCCCAGGGUGGAGUGUGACAGCUCUCCAGCUGCACCCUGCUUCCAAACCAGCUUUGCCAUCCCUCUCUCCUCUUACACUUCCCAGUGACUUAGCUCCCUGAGGCCACCGGGAGAAAAAGUGGCCUCAAGAAGAAAUAGCCGCUUGCUGAGAUCCAGGAAACGUGACUGGCCACCAGCCACACGGCUAUUGUUACCCUGAACUUUCUUUAUUGAUGUUCUCUGUGAGUGUCAUACAAAACCUAAGGAAAUGCUUCUGCCUUCACCCUUCUUCACAGCAAAUGCUGCUUCAAAUCUCAGAGGCUGGGCAGGCCUGUGAGUCCAACUGCUUCUGCCCUAGAGCUCUGCUCUGCAUACUCUGGUCUCCCAGUCGAGUGGUUGUGAGAUUUAAAAAGUAAAACACACCGCUGACGUCUGGUUAGUGCGGUUGGUGUGGAGGUGAAUCACCCAGAGGACCCCGUACCACAGACAUAAGCCAUGACCGUCAAACCCCACAGUGACACGUGCUCGGAGCCUCAGCUGGGUGCCAGACCCGCAGGUGUCGGGGGUGGGAGUACACGGCCAGCAGAGGCUGCUUCUCACUUCUUCCGGGGCAGCUUCUCCCGAGUCUGCACCUCUGGCACCUGCUCAUCUGUUGAGAGGGUUGUGGUUUGAGAGGGUUGUGGUUUCGUGCUGUACUUUGUUCUCAAGGGGCAGAAAGGCCGAUGGUCACGCCCGACCCCUGAAGCUGGUCAGCAGGUGACCCAGCAAGUAUGCCAGGCCGUCCCGCUGCAAGCCCGGGGCCUUCACCUGCUUUGUGCUGUGUGUGCCUCGCUGCCCUCUGGGGCUAGGGGCAGCUCCAGACCCUGCCCCGAGGGGUCCAUGAGUGGGCCACUUGCUGACCACUGGCCAGGGGUGCCCAGGGCAUGUGGCAGCUCCAGCCUCGGCCUCAGGUCACACUCUUCCCCUGCGCCUUCUGAAAUUUCUGUGUCAUCUUGAAGACUAGAAAUGAGUAAUAAAAGGAGUGGAAUCUU